CUGCAGUCACCGCUAGGCAACGGUAGUGGAUGGUUCCCUGACGAAUUUUUCUUCACCUUUUUCGUCAUCAUUGUUCAUUCGAAGCUUUACCAAUGAUGUACCCGAAGUCGAUAAUGUCUCCAUUACUAACCCUCUGGGUAACUUCCUGCGUUGCCUCCAAAGGCAAACCAGAUCAAGAGACGUUUACUAGCAAAGGACCCCAACCAAUCAGAGACUCAAUUGUGAGCAUAGGGUCACAGUUAUACGACACUGCAUCGCUAAACGUCAGUCUACCAUUAAUUAAGGAUAAGAUUGUGAACAUCGCCAUGUCUUCAUUCGUCGCUUCAUAUGUAACUGAAGACUCGCCGUUUUGCAAAAAGGAGAAUUUCUCUCUCGUCUGCGAUUAUACUCAUUUUUCUGAGGUUAUUCACUUACAAAAUGCUUCAGCUGAAAUCACCAGAAUUACUAUUAAAGGUGGGAGAGCACUCCGACUCCGUGACAAUAUCUGUGCCAACAUUACCUUAAAUAUGGUAAAUAAUGUACAGCUUCAACAAGGGCUUGAAGAACUCUGUGAGAAGGACGUGUCCUUUGAAGCUACGACAUCAACCAUUGACCAGUUGCCCACAAAUGUUAAUUAUGUCACAAUCAUGGAUUCGGAACUAACUUCGUUAAAUGCUGCCUCUAACCUGAAGUCAGUUAUAUUUGUAAGUUCUAGAAUAAGACGUUUCAAUAUUUCUAAGGCGCAUUUCAAACUACAAAGCAUAGUUUUGUAUAAUACAACCGUAGACAAUUUCCAGAUCUUACAUUCAAGAGGGAACUAUCUCUUUAUAAAAGAUUCAGACAGCAAUAUCACUGGUAGAAACUGCUUUUUACUCACAAAACAUGGUGAAGUUCACGUAAAUGCACAAUUAUAUCCCGUGAAUUCAGGGGAAAGUUUUAUCCUUCAAGACACCAGAGUAGGUACGUUAACCCCUGAUCCUGAAGGGAGAACUGGUGUGAACACUGAAAAAGAGAACAAUGACCAGAUAUGUUCUGAAUCCAACGGCUACUUUAUCAGUUUUAUUGUGUGCUUGAUUCUCCUGUUGAUUUUGAUCUGCAUGACACUUCCUUACGUCACAUAUUUGAGGAAAAUGAUUCACCACAUAGACAGACAGCUAUCGAAUCCAGAUCUAUACGAUUACAGGAAAGAAAAUAGCUUCCUUAAAGAGCAGUUGAUACAGCAGAAACACGAAGUGUCUCACGAAAUUCAAGCUGAGGAAACGAGGUCGUUGCUGGAGAAACAAAGGGACCAGUGUCAUCAAGUCCUAGAAACUGUGGAAGAAGCAAACGAAAAGCUGACAUCGGUCUUAAAAACAGAAACAACGAAGUACCAGAAUGAUAUCAGUCAAAUUACAUCAAACUGUGAAAGGGAAUUGGAAAAGUUGAUGGAGGUGUGGCACCAGAAGAAAGAGGAGUUCGAAAAGUCCAAAAUGAUUGAAAUGGAAACUUUAGAAUUACAGUAUGAAGAAGAGUUCAACAAUCCAACGAUGUUAUAUUGGGACAGAAUCAAAGAUGUCCUGGAAAAGGCAAAAACCCUUAAUAAAGAACUGAUAGAGGAAAGAUAUGCUCACUGGCUGUUCAGUGAAAGACUGAAUGACGAUUUGCAAAAACUGCAAGAAAGAGCCGAUAAAAUUAUAAUAAAUAAGGAAUACAUCACAAAAAUUACUGUAGCCAUUAAGGAAUAUCUCAGUAAUUGGCCUCGUAUCUUGAAUUCAACCAGAGAAAUGAUUGGUAUGCCGAGCAGUGGGGCAAAUCUUUUCAAACUCUUAGAAGGACUAAUUACAUCGCACCAGUCAGCUCUAGAGCAGAAUUUCGUCCUGCAAAUUAAUGACCAAGACAACAAGUAUCUUUCUGAUAUUGAAGAGCAAAAAGGGGAGAUGUCAAAAGCCCAUUCUAUUUUAGAAUCAAGCAUAAAUGAAGAGAAGGAGCAUAUGGUUAAGCAAAUGUCCAAAGAUUUAGAAUCCAAGCUACCGUGGACGAAGAAGUACGUAGACACAGUGGAAAACCUGUAUAGCAUAAGAAGCCAACUGUUAGAUGCUAAGCUUGAGUUCGAAUUGAGGAAGGCUGAACACAAGCAUUCAGAACCUCAAGUGAAAUUAUUGCACCUAGAUGUCAUAUUGACAAUUCAGAAGAACUAUAUGAAGAGUCUCGAAGACCUGAUUCAUAUUUCAGUUGAAUCUUUGAAUGCUUGCGUAAGAUCUGUUUUCUUAGGAUUAGAUGACAUCGACGACAAUAGACAUAUGCCCUCCUCUGUUUCAGCUCUAUUUCAUGGAGAACCAAUAAAUAGAAAACACAAAAUAAGAAGCAUAUUUGAGGACAGGUAUGCGCAAGCUUGAAUUUUGUAUUCUCAACGCCUUGAGUAACUCGUCUAUUUUUGAAUUAAUUAGAAGGAUCUUCUGUUAAACUAAUUAGUUUUGCAGAAAUAGCUUAACCACAGUUGUUUCAUGUAUUCACGAUUUAUCGUUAGCAAAAUUCAUAGGACGUCUCUAACGUAAAUACUUGCCAUGCAUCAAAACUUUUAAUUCUCUCAUUUUAAAUGUAGGUUUCCUUUAGAUAUAUAAAAAUAUAUAUAUAUAUAUCAUCGUAAUCUAUGAAAACAAUCUUUGUCAUUGGUUACUUACCUUUGCUGAUGUCAUUUAUCCAUCAAGGAAUAUUUUUUUUUAAUCAGUCCUUCUAGGUGUGGAUUGUUAAUAAAUGCUGACGUACAUUUUGGGAUUAUGGCAAGAAAAGAAAGGAGAGGAAAUUAGAUAAACUUAGUUCCUAUAAUAUCGGGCAACUUUACGUUUUGACUUGAUAUAUGAGAACGUGAAAAACCGUGGCGUUUCAAAUCCACCUUGACUUAAAAUCCCCUCAGUUUCAACGUGUGGCAAAGGUGUGAGAGAUGUAUAUUUCUGGUGAUAGAAGUUGACUCUCGACGUGGACCGGGAGUCACCUAAAGCCGUUGGUCCCGUUGCUGAAUAACCACUGGUUCCAUGCAACGUUAAAAAACGCCAUACAAACAUACUCUAGCGUUAUUCAACCCAUUCAACCAAAGCUUCGCUUCUUCCACUGCGUUCCUGUGGAUUUGUGGGCUUCCAGGAAUCCUCGGGGUGCUCUUCGCAAAUUUUUCUCGAUUUGCAUUGAAGGGUACACCACCAACAAAAUUAACACACCCGGCGUCAUCUGUUGGUAUACUGAAGACACCGUGCAGAGCCAAGACGGACAACUUCCAGUGGUUCAAAGACACCUUUGAAAAUAGAUUUAGCCUACAUUUUCACUAUAAAAAGGCCACCAGAGCUGGCCAUUACCUCACCUGUGUUGGGGAGUCCUCCCACACCUGACGUACCUUCUCCAACCGCUGUUUGGUCACUGCCCAAUAGGCAGUUGCCAUAAGGAGCUUUGGGCAGCUGACCAGCAGCUCAUCGGCAACAAAUUUACGAGCAGUAUUUUUGCGAGCUUCAUAAAAAAAGUUAAUGUGAUCCAAGAAAUGUUGACAACGACAGGAAAAUAAUGUGCGAAAGACUAAAAAUAAUAGUAAACGUCAGCAAAUACCCAG